UGUGAACACCUCUACACGCGAUCCAUUUUUAUUGGACAGUGUUUUGGGUUUCAUAACAAAAAUCAUAUUUUUGUCAUAUGUUUGGUGUCUUAUCCGUUAUCUUAGGCUCUCAUUGAAGACAUCUCUCGGACGCAGACAAUAGCGACCACUUCUGGCGCAGAGAUGGCCCCUAAAGACAAGGUGGACAACGUUAACCACGCGACCGGAGAACCGGUGCGGAUGAAUGAGAUGUUUGAAUGGCCUACUCUUGAGGACCAGACCCAGAGUCCGAUCGUGAAGGCCAUGAGAGUCCUCACAUCCGUCAUCGACGGUCCCGUCGAAUGGAUCAGACACAAUGUGGUGGACAAGUAUCGCGGCCCCAGUUAUCCCUACUAUCACCAGAAGUUCCACAAUGUGGUGGACAAGUAUCGCGGCCCCAGUUAUCCCUACUAUCACCAGAAGUUCCGUCGGGUGCCGACCAUCGACCAGUGCUACACCGAUGACCAGGCGUGCAUAUAUGAGGCCAACCAACAGUACAACAGAGACAGGAAAGUGGACUCCGAGAUCGUGAACAUCAUAAGACACCGCUUCUUCACCUGCGUCUACUACCAGCGCAAUGUCAACGAGUACUACAAUCACCAGCAGUUGUGUCUCAAGGAGAAGGAGGACCUCAAAGAGGCUGACCUCAACUUCUUCAUCAAAUACGGCGAUAUCGGGCCCUUCACCACAGUUAUCGACGCUUUUAUGAAACAAAAACAUCGACUCAUUUUCGAGAGAAGACAGGCGGAGAAGAAGGCGAAGGAGAGCAAUGGCAACGACUCGUGAGGCUCUUCACCCAAACACUUCUCACUCAAAGACUUUUAGAUAUUAAUGAUUUAAAAUAAUUUUAGUUUAUUGUUUGAAAUUUAGGUAAAAUGAUGAUUAAGAUAGCAUUUAGUGAACAAAUUGUUAAGUAAAUUGUGAUUAACUUUUGAA